AUGGAGAGAUCUUGCAAUGCCUCUUUUAUUGCUCUAAUUCCAAAGAAGAAAGGUGUUGUGGAGCUUAGAAACUAUAGACCUAUAAGCCUCAUAGGUAGUGUCUAUAAGAUGUUGGCUAAAGUCCUAGCAGGAAGGAUGAAAAAUGUGAUGAAUUCUCUAGUCUCAGGGCAACAAAGUGCAUUCCUAAGGAAUAGACAGAUAACUGAUGCAUCCUUGAUUGCUAAUGAAGUGCUAAACUGGAGAAUGAAAAGUGUUCUGAUCAACAGAAGUCCAACUGGAUUUUUCUCUACUAAAAAAGGGUUGAGGCAGGGGGAUCCACUCUCUCCUUUUCUAUUCAUUCUUGCAAUAGAAGGGCUAUCUCAGUUGUUAACUAAGGCUAAAGAACUCCAAUGGAUUCAAGGAUUCCAAGUAGGCAGCAAUCCAACCACCACUGUCAUGUCUCUCACCUACUCUAUGCAGAUGACACUCUCAUUUUUUGUGGAGCUGAUAGGUUCAAUUCUAAAGAAAAUGGAUAGGCUCAGAAGGAGAUUUUUGUGGGAAGGCAACAUCCUCACUCAUAAGUACUCUCUUGGUAAAUGGCAAUCAGUUACUCACCCUAAGACUCAAGGAGGCCUAGGAAUCAGGAAUCUCAAACUCCAUAAUAACAACCUACUCAUGAAGUGGCUCUGGAGGUAUAGACAAACUGGGACUGGGUUUUGGAGAGACGUCAUCAAGGCUAAAUAUGGCAUUCAAGAUCACUAG